UCUUAUUGAAAUAGAAAAAAAUAAAAAUAGAUUUUAUCUGUUGUUUUGGUCUUUGUGUUGCCACCACAACGCUGUCACUCAUCAUAUCUCUUUGAUUGGGUUUAAGUUUUACUUUAUCUAAAUGGCUUCCAAUCCAGACAAGAACCUGUCUCCUUCAGAUGAUAAACCGGAAUCAACAGCCUCAGGGAGUUCACCUUCAUCAGCUAACCCUCCUGCCAUGAAUUUAAAUGCUUUUGAUUUCUCUAAUAUGGCUGGUAUCCUCAACGAUCCAAGCAUCAGAGAAUUGGCUGAGCAGAUUGCUAAAGAUCCUGCCUUUAACCAGUUAGCUGAGCAGCUUCAGAGAUCUAUCCCAAACGCAGCUCAAGGAGGAGGAGCAGCAGGUGGUUUCCCUAACAUUGAUCCACAACAGUAUGUUAGCACUAUGCAGCAGGUUAUGCAUAACCCUGAGUUUCAGACCAUGGCUGAGCGUCUUGGUAAAGCUUUAGUGCAGGAUCCACAAAUGUCUCCAUUUUUGGAGGCUUUCUCAAACCCUGAAACAGCGGAGCAUUUGACUGAGCGUAUGGCGCGGAUGAAAGAAGAUCCUGAGUUGAAACCUAUACUUGAUGAGAUUGAUGCCGGUGGCCCUUCUGCUAUGAUGAAGUAUUGGAAUGAUAAAGACGUGCUGAAAAAGCUUGGUGAAGCAAUGGGUAUGCCUAUUGCUGGCUUGCCACACCAGGCUGCUUCAGCUGCGCCCGAGGUAGCGGAAGAAGAAGGUGAGGAAGGGGAAGAAGAAGAAGAAGAAGAAGAGUCUAUUGUUCAUCACACUGCUAGUCGUGGAGAUGUUGAGGGUUUGAAAAAUGCUUUGGCAUCUGGUGGCAACAAAGAUGAAGAAGAUUCUGAGGGAAGGACUGCAUUGCAUUUUGCUUGUGGAUACGGCGAGUUGAAAUGUGCUCAAGUUCUUAUUGAUGCUGGAGCAAGUGUAAACGCCGUUGACAAAAACAAGAACACGCCUCUGCAUUACGCUGCCGGUUACGGGAGAAAAGAGUGUGUAAGCCUUCUCCUUGAGAAUGGUGCUGCUGUGACUCUGCAAAACCUAGAUGAGAAGACACCCAUUGAUGUGGCCAAGCUCAACAACCAGCUCGAGGUGGUGAAGCUUCUCGAGAAGGAUGCUUUCCUUUGAGCGUGGCCGCUUUCAUAUUGCCUUUGAGGGAUCUGUCUUGUGUUGCGUCUCUUGAACCACCAAUUUCACAGACCUUUAUAGACCUUUUUUUUUUCUUAUUUAAUUGUGUUUUAUUAGUUACUACUCUCUCUCCUUCUAAACUUGUCUUUUUAAUGGUGUCUUUGAUUUCAUCAAAAGUCAAUAAAGAAUGAAAGAGCACUCAACUUUUAACCAAA